AUAUUAGAUAGAUAUAUUAUUAGGUUUUAGUUUAAAGAUAGCUCAUUGUAGAAUAUCAGGCAUUAUGGCAUCACCACUUACACAGACACAGGAAUGGAGUCUAUUGCGAGGUGAUUAUGAAAAGUACAAAGAUAUGCAUAUGAGGGAACUUUUCGAAACAGACAAAAAUCGUUUCAGUAAAUUUAGUUGCAAGUUGGACACUGAGGAUGGACCGUUGUUAUUUGAUUACUCGAAAAACCGUGUCAAUGAGGAAAUCAUGGGACAUCUUUUUCAACUGGCAAAGUCUCGAGAGGUGGAAACUGCAAGAGAUAAAAUGUUUUCGGGAGAGAGGAUUAAUUUUACUGAGAAUCGAGCUGUCCUGCAUAUUGCACUGAGAAAUCGCAAGAACGCUCCCAUUAUGGUUGAUGGACAAGAUGUUAUGCCAAAUGUAAAUAAAGUUUUGGAACAAAUGAAAGCAUUUACGCAGUCUGUGAGAUCUGGAGAAUGGAAAGGAUACACAGGAAAGUCAAUCACGAAUAUUGUUAACAUUGGCAUUGGUGGAUCUGAUCUGGGACCUCUUAUGGUAACUGAAGCUUUGAAGCCAUAUUCAAAAGAUGGGCCGAGAGCUCAUUUUGUAUCCAAUAUUGAUGGAACUCAUAUUCAAACCGUCCUGGACAAAUUGGACUAUGAGACAACUCUGUUUAUUGUUGCUUCCAAGACUUUCACCACACAGGAAACGAUCACAAACGCAACUUCAGCAAAAAAUUGGCUAUUAGAGAAAACUGGGGGGAAAUUAGAGUCUGUUGCAAAACAUUUUGUUGCUCUCUCUACAAAUGGUCAGAAAGUUUCAGAGUUUGGAAUCGAUACAAAAAACAUGUUCGAAUUCUGGGAUUGGGUUGGUGGAAGAUAUUCACUGUGGUCAGCAAUCGGUCUUUCAAUUUCUCUGAAUAUAGGUUUCGACAACUUCGAACGUCUGCUUGCCGGUGCUCAUUUCAUGGACUCUCAUUUCAAAGAAACUCCAAUUGUUAAAAAUAUCCCAGUGAUCUUAGCUGUUUUGGGAGUAUGGUACAACAACUUCUUUGAUGCACAGACCCAUGCUAUGCUGCCCUAUGAUCAAUACAUGCACAGAUUUGCAGCAUAUUUUCAACAGGGUGACAUGGAAUCUAAUGGCAAAUUUGUGACUCGUGCUGGAUCUAAGGUUGACUAUUCUACUGGUCCUGUUGUUUGGGGAGAGCCUGGCACAAAUGGUCAGCAUGCAUUUUAUCAACUUAUACAUCAAGGAACUAAACUUAUACCUGCGGAUUUCUUAGCUCCUGUUGAAACUCAUAAUCCAGUAGCUGAUGGAAAGCAUCACAGGAUUCUUCUAGCUAAUUUUCUUGCACAAACUGAAGCUUUGAUGAAAGGAAAAACUACAGAUGAAGCGAGAGAAGAACUAAUGAAAGCUGGAACUAGUUCUGAUGCUCUCGGACAGAUCCUACCAUUCAAGGUGUUUGAAGGGAACAAGCCUACCAACUCCAUCCUGUUUAAGAAGUUAACACCGUACACAUUGGGUGCUUUAAUAGCUAUGUACGAACACAAGAUAUUUGUGCAAGGAAUCAUUUGGGACAUCAAUUCAUAUGACCAGUGGGGAGUUGAACUAGGAAAACAACUUGCGAAAGUUAUCGAACCGCAGCUAUCGGAAUGUGGUCCUGUAACAAAUCAUGAUGAUUCAACCAACAAUUUGAUCAACUUCAUCAAAACAACCUAGAUUUCAGAAUAUCGGCCAUCAAGAAUUGCACGACGCUUCAACUAUAUAUUAUCUUAAUAAAUUGCAUGAAAUAUUUGUGUUGCUGGAAAAGCUUGUUUUUUGCACUUCCAAUUAAUUAUUACAUCUACUUACAUAAUUCAAUUUUUUUUAUAAAAAUCGUUAGAUAAAUUUAGUGUUACGUGAGAUUCUAUUUAAGGAUCCUUCAUUGCUAUCAAUUCCAAUAGUAGUCUAUGCCUCACAUUUUGCAGCCAAACCAUGUCUUAUAAAUUCAGUCUGAUGAUAUUUCUUAGUUUAUAUCUUAUUCAAAAGUAAGACAUCCACAUGCAAUUACAUGGGUAUCAUAUCGAAACUAAAAAAUUUCUAUAAAAUUGCAUUUUUGGAGUCGAUUAACUGCAUAAUGGAUAAUUGUAAGAUUCUUGUUCUGGUGUCUCAAAAAAGUGGGUUGUUUUGAAGUUCAAACCCCCUAUUUUUGCAAUCUUGCAUCGUGCUUCUCGUACUUUCAGUGGGCUAUUGUAUUUGAAGUACUAUUCAGCCAUGUAAUGUUUACAUCGAUAAUGCCUGUUACACACCAGCUGGCUGUAUUCUCUUAUUGUGGUGUCUCACAUUAUUUCAAAUCUUCUUAUCUAAGGUUUCAUUUAGUAAUGCUUACCUUACCCUUGUACCAUUUACAUGAGCAAAUUGUUCUUAUCUUAUGCAUUCGACUUUGCUCUUAAUUCCUAAGGUUCAAAAGGGUACAAGGUUCUUCACACUUGCUUCUUUGUGUUUUUGCCAAUGCCUGAUAUUGAAGUUCAAGAUUUUGUUAAUUAUGCCUUGUUUAUAUUCAUGAAAUAUAUAUCACACAAUUAA